UUUGGAGAGCCGCUUAGGUAAAGUGUUGACUUGUGUAGGAGGCUGGCGUGCGUGGCCGAUUUUGGGGGUCAGAAAUCGGCAAAAAAUAGCGACGUGACGCAACCGUUAGGAAUCAUGCUUUGAUGGUGGAGAGUGUGUACAUGAGCAGGUGUAUGAUCUGACGUUGGGAGUUAUUCCGGAGUAUCCUGUGUGUGUGUCUCACGGCCGGCUUGUGUUUGCGGAUUUCCUACAGGAUUUUGGUACUGUUCAAACGCACGGUGUACUUCUGAAGGACUGCUAGUCAAGCGAGCUCGUAGCACCGAGAGGACGUCUCACUAAACCUGUCUGCCGCUAAGCCUACUGUACUUGAUUUCUGCGUGAACACAGGGGAUAUAUACUUUCACCAGGAAUCAACUGACUGCUACCAGCUUGUAAGAAUCGUACCUCAAGAACUGAGGAAGAGAACUUGGAAGGGAAAUCUUCAAGGAGGCGUCGGGAAAGGAUUAUUGGGCAGUGCGCGGCUGGCUGAGGGCCAAGCCAAGAACGUUUAGAAACAGUUGGGAAAUCGUACCACAGGGAUACAGCAAGCAGAGGCGUCACCAUGUGCAGCUAUAGCGGACCAACACUGCCUUCAUACAGGCUUAUGCUCUUACUACUAGUGUUUUUGGUAGCAUCUGUACACCAAGCGAGAAGCCAGACAGAGAAGUAUAUAGACAAGAACGGAUACUUGAAAUGGAACCUCGGGAGCAACGUUCUAGUGGGCGCCGAGAACAGACUGGAGUUCAGAUUUCGCUACUGUAACAACAAGGGCGUGCUCAUUUACCAGCAGGGGGAGGGCAGGAACUUCUUCGCCCUCGGAGUCAACGAUGAGAGACUGUACAUCGAGGCAUCUAUAGAUGGAUUGGCUGUUGAGAUGUACGUUGGCGAGGUCGCACGGAACCAGACCCACGACGUCACCAUCACAGGACUGAGGACCCUGAACGCUCAGACGAGGGUCAUCAUUAACGGGAUCUCCUACACACCCGAGAUCCUGACGGACGUCGACGUCAACCUGGACUUCAGCCGCAGUAUCCUCGUCGGAGAAACCCUGAUUGGCGGAUACGAAGCCAUCGAUCAACUCAGGCUCAACACCCAGCGACUGAAAGCCUACCCCAUCACCUGUAUCGAGUUCAUCCGUGCGGGACAGGCCAACAUCGACCUGAACAACCCCUCCAGUCAGCUGGGAGUGACCGACCGGUGUGUGGUCUGUCUCCCGCCGUCCCUCGUCACUCUCACCACGGUCACGUCAUACCUGCGUAUGAGGAUCGACAACACUCCCCGGUCCAAUACCGUCAUCAGCCUCAAGUUCAGGACCAAGGCUCCAGACGGUCUCCUGUUCUACUUCGGAGGCCCGGCCUACCUGGCCCUGUACCUGGAGGGUGGGGCGCUCGUUCUGCGACUCAACACAAAGGGAAGUGGCGAUGACACUAGGUAUAAAACUACCAGGACAACCUUCAAUGAUGGCGAAAUGCAAGAAGUAUCAGUGACGAGGGCAGGCAACGUGGCAACUUUGCGUGAUGGCGCCGGAAAUAUUAUUGCCCAAGUAAUUUUCGGUGGAAGCCAGAACACCGCCCAGGCGCUGAACGCCGAGCAGCUGUACGUGGGCGGGCUGGAGGACAUUAACGACCCGGCCCUGUCCGAGUCCAUCGAGGUGCGGCGGUCGUUCACCGGCUGUCUGGAGGAGCUCAGGUUCGCCUCGUACAGCGCCGUGGAAGAAGCACCCACACAGAUCAACUUCAGGGACCAGAACGAAGCGGCCAGGGAGGUGGACUUCUCGGCCUGUCUGGAGUCGGCUAGCUGCCAGUCCUACACGUGUACAGGAGAGGGUCAGCAGUGUAGCCUGGGUGUGUGUGAGUGUAUCCACGGGUACGGGGUUCGUUCUCAGGACCCGCUCGUCUGCUACAACAUCGACGACUGCAGCCCCAACCCCUGUCAGAACGGCGCGCAGUGUACCGACAAGAUCGCCGACUACAACUGCACCUGUCCCGAACAGUACAAAGGUAAAAACUGUUCCGUCAUCCGGAACUGCUACGAGUUCCCGUGUCUGAACGGCGCCGAGUGUAUCGAACUGGACACGCCGACACCUAGCCCGGCUGGCCGGAACUGCAGCUGUGCGCCAGGGUACAAGGGCGUGGACUGUGGACAGGACUGCGACGAGUGUAGUGAACAAUGCAACAGCGGAAUGUGCGUGAACUCCAUCAGCUGCGAGAACAGCAUCGGCGACUUCGUCUGCGAGUGUAAGAUAGGAUACGAGGGGAAAGACUGCAGCAGUGAGAUAGACCACUGUAAGGACAACCCCUGCAGCCCUGGUGGCGUCUGUCACAACUACCUCACGGGCUACAACUGCACGUGUGACGACGACCCUGAAGGAGUAGUGCUCAACCGUCAGAGCUGCGGCCCGCUCGCCGUGGUCAACCCCAUCCAGAUCUCGCCCGCCGCCCUUGUAGCCAUCCUCGUCUGUCUCGUCAUCCUGCUGAUCCUGGUGAUCGUGUUCGUGGCCUUCCGGCGCCAGUACCAGCAGAAGAAGAAGAAGGCCCUGUACGGCUACGGCAACGGACCAGACUUCGAGGAAUCUCGCGAGAACAUCAUGAAGUACGAGGAGGAGGGGUACGGAGAGGAGGACCAGGACGCCUUCGACGUCAACCUCAUCAAGUCUGUGGGCGACACCCUGAAACAGCGCAAGCCGGAGGACAGGAGCAAGUACCCAACCCUUCCGCUAGGGGAGGCUGCUGACGUGGGCGACUUCAUCCACGGCCGUCUGGGCGACGCCGAGAAGGACACCAACGACGGCGCCAACGACGAGAUGAUGCCCUUCGGCGACGAAGGUCAGGGGUCAUUGGCGGGGUCGCUGAGUUCACUGAACUCCAGCAGCUCGGACGGCGACCAGAACUACGACUACCUGCACGACUGGGGCCCGAGGUUCUCCAAACUAGCCGACAUGUUCAACGACGGGGAGAGUGACGACUAGGCCAGGUUCCCACCGCAGACACUUAUGCAUAUCAAGACAUUCCAGACGGAAAUGUACUUGGGAAAAGAAAUAGAAAAGGACACAGUGUACACUUUUACCAGUUCUGAUCACUCACUGUAAGUUACCAAAAGUGGUAAAAGUGCACAUUGUCUAUACUGAUGGAAGGCAAAAGAUAGCUGGUUUGGACAGAAUAAGAACGUAAGAUUUUAUAUUUUUUGAACCAAAGUUUUAUCGGCCCAACGUACUUCUCUUACACGUGAGUGAAACGGUAGUGCAGUGUAUUCUCCACCGAAAUGGCCAUAUGAGUUCAUAGCAUCCACAUGACGAAUACUUAGUGUAGAAGCAUUUUUAAAUGAUAGCUGACUUUUGUGGAAUAUCAUUAGUUAUUACAUCUUGUUCCUCCUCCCUACCGUUCUAUUUGGAGGAACUCCAUCCAUACUUGUGGGGCCAAAACUGCUUAAAAACCAGGAAGUUGACUUUCUAGACCCAGACGUGAAUCUGUUGAUCGGAUUCAGCUGCUAUGUUUCAUUAAAUAAGAAGAUAACGUACAGUAGGUUUUCUAUGAGUCGCCACAAAUUUCAAAAGGUCUCUGUUGACCAAUAGGAGGACUCAGAGCAAGCAAACUGUAACGGUCUAUAGUUUUGUAGGAUGUAGACCAGGCGUUGUGUUGAUGACAUGAUUGCGUAGAACUACAGGGUAACCAAUCAUAUGUCGUUUGUCAUAUUUCAGUAGACGUUGUGAGUCAAAUUUCUUCUCGAUAAAGUUUGAUCAUUACACCCGCUGUUUAAAUGUACUGUUUGGUAAACAAUUGGUUAGCCCCAGUCGUGUCCGAGUUCUCGCGAGGGCUCACGAGGAGUUACGAGACUUUUAAACAAUCAUUGGCCAGAUAACCCUUCUCAAGAGCAGGUUUUUAAGUCUCGCUGUUUCUUUUUUUUUAAUUUGGACGAUAUUAGCGCUAAGUAACCAUGGUAACUAAAAGAAUGUACAAACGACAGAAACGCCAGUAUGUGUGAAUGUAGGAUGACGUUUUAGUUUGCUAUGGUACAUCAUGCAGUUGAAUUCAGUUAUAUCAACAUUUAUCUAGCUUUUGUGGCCAUACAUGUAUUCCAUUAUCAACCACCUGUUCAUAAGACUUAAAAGCGAGCGUUUAUUUUAUGAUAUCUUGACGCGUUAUACAAUUUGUACUUUUAUAGGCUGAUAGGAUGUACCCGUGUUUUUUUGUAAAUUAUUUGGCUCAAGAUUGAUGUUGUAUAAAGGUGCUUUUUGAAGAGUAAAUAUUCUCUACUACAGCUGAUUACGUAGCGUAGAUGUAACUGCAGAGUAGCUUGUUGUUAUUAUAUUAUAACACCAAUCUUCCUCUGCUGUACCGCCGAACAAUUGUUAAACAAUGUCCGCUGUAUGUAUAGGGAUAUCGGAAAGCUUAUGAAAUUUAUAGUUUAUUCAUAGAGUAGGAACGGAAGCAGCUAUAUUCAGUUCUUUUAUCGUUUUUUUUCUUUUGUUAAGUUUUGAAUAUCUCUACGUGCAUCAACCACUGUGCCUUUGUGUUAUGAAGUGAACAACCUUUGAGGUUUUAUGGUUAAACUAGCGUUAUGUAUAGUAUAGUUUCUCAAGAGUUAUUCUGCACCUGUUGCAUUGGUUAAUUUCACUUGCAUCUGUGUUCCUAGAACUUAAAACUGUUUCUCUACCCAAGGAGGCUUGAUAUGUCUUUAUUAAAACUCCUUGCUUUAUCACAUAGCAUGACAGAUUUUAAAAGUACCUUUUCCGCGAUUAUAAGAUUUUGUGGCAGAUUGUUAAAUUUGCAGCAAUGUGUGUACAUAUGUGAGGUAAUUAUUGGGCAAUAGUAGGUUUACGAUUGUUGUCUAGGAGAGCCUUUCUUUAAAAAAACAUGGUUAUUGCGUGUAUUUUUGUACUCCAUGAUUGUUGUCAUCUAAUUGUGAAAUAUCGAUAGCGUUGUUUUCGUGUUUAUCUCGACACUGUGUCAAAGAUUUCAUCUCUAUUUCUACAUGGAGCGUUUGGACAAGCCUUUUUAAAAGUUGCACGUUUGUCUGAAAUGAACGUUGACUGGGUUUACCCUUUGACACAGUCUCGCGAAUUCUCACGAGAACACGUCACGUGACAUAUACUGUAAAUGGAUGAUAAUACCUUCUUUGGCUGUCUCCGCCGUCCAUUCCAUGGUGUCCUUUCGUGUACGGAACAUGCUGUGCCAUGUCUUUGAUACUAUCACCAACUGCUGUAGAUUGACGACGUAAUUUUCUACCUUGUGCGGCUCAAAUAAAGGAAGUUUUCUUGUA